GCUGUGACAGCGGCAGUCUGUCUCUGAGCUCAGAGACAGCACAGCCUCGGCUUCAUUGUUCUGUGAUUAGAACCUCAAACCCUGCGGUGUCCGGGACCUGUGCAACAUGUCUGACGGCGGAGGGACGGAGGAGAACUCCGGCGGGACCAUGGAGGUGUCCACGGCGCAGACCGUGGCGGACAUCUCGGUCCUGCAGAAGCACAUCCGAAAACUGGUCCCGCUGCUGCUGGAAGAUGGCGGCGAGGCUCCGUCCUCCCUGGAGUCCGCCCUGGAGGAGAAGAGCUCCGUGGAGCAGAUGAGAAAGUUCCUCUCAGACCCACAGAUCCACACCAUCCUGGUGGAGAGGAGCUGUCUCAAAGAGGAUGUGGGAGACGAAGGAGAGGAGGAGAGGGAGAGCAUCAACUACGUCGUCAGCAUCGACAUCCACUAUGGAAUCAAAUCGAACAGCUUGGCCCUGAUCAAACGUACGGCUGUGGUGGAUGCAGACAAACCCAUCUCCACCCAGGUGAGAGUACUGACCCUGAGUGAGGACUCUCCCUAUGAGACCCUGCACUCCUUCAUCAGCAAUGCCGUCGCUCCCUUCUUCAAGUCCUACAUCCGCGAGUCUGGAAAGGCCGACAGAGAUGGGGACAAGAUGGCUCCCUCUGUGGAGAAGAAGAUUGCGGAGCUGGAGAUGGGCCUGCUCCACCUGCAGCAGAACAUCGAGAUCCCAGAGAUCAGCCUGGUCAUUAACCCCAUCAUCGCCAACAUCGCUAAACAGUGCUACGAGCGCGCAGAGAAGCCCAAAGUGUCCGACUUUGGAGACAAGGUGGAGGACCCCACUUUCCUCAACCAGCUGCAGUCUGGAGUCAACCGCUGGAUUAGAGAGAUCCAGAAGGUGACCAAGCUGGACCGUGACCCGGCCUCUGGCACAGCCCUGCAGGAGAUCAGCUUCUGGCUGAACUUGGAGCGAGCUCUGACCAGGAUCCAGGAGAAGAGGGAGAGCCCGGAGGUGCUGCUGACGCUGGAGAUCCUCAAGCACGGCAAACGUUUCCACGCUACCGUCAGCUUUGAUACAGACACUGGUCUGAAACAGGCCGUGGAGACAGUGAACGACUACAACCCUCUGAUGAAGGACUUCCCUCUCAAUGACCUGCUGUCCGCCUCGGAGCUGGAUAAGAUCCGUCAGGCCCUCAUGGCCAUCUUCACCCACCUCAAGAAGAUCCGCAACACCAAGUACCCCAUCCAGAGGGCACUGCGCCUGGUGGAGGCCAUCUCCAGAGACCUGAGCUCGCAGCUGCUCAAGGUGUUGGGCACCAGGAAGCUCAUGCACGUGGCCUACGAGGAGUUUGAGAAGGUGAUGGUGGCCUGCUUCGAGGUGUUCCAGACCUGGGAAGAUGAAUAUGAGAAGCUGCAGGUUCUGCUCAGGGACCUGGUGAAGAGGAAGCGUGAGGAGAACCUUAAAAUGGUGUGGAGACUCAGCCCCGCCCACAGGAAGCUGCAGUACCGCCUCGACCACAUGAGGCGCUUCAGGAGGCAGCAUGAGCAGCUGCGUGCCGUCAUCGUCAGAGUGCUCCGCCCACAGGUGACCGCAGUUCCCCAGCACACGCCUGGAGAGACGGUGGAGCCUCAGGACAUGAAGGUGGCCGGUGUCCUUUUUGAUGCAGCCGAUGCCAACGCCAUCGAGGAGGUGAACCUGGCCUACGAGAAUGUGAAAGAGGUGGAUGGUCUGGAUGUGUCCAAGGAGGGCGUGGAGGCAUGGGAGGCCGCCAUGAAGCGCUACGACGAGCGUAUCGACCGCGUGGAGACCAGGAUCACAGCCAGGCUGCGUGACCAGCUCGGGACCGCCAAGAACGCCAACGAGAUGUUCCGCAUCUUCUCCCGCUUCAACGCGCUCUUCGUCCGCCCUCACAUCCGAGGAGCCAUCCGAGAGUACCAGACUCAGCUGAUCCAGCGUGUGAAGGAUGACAUCGAGUCUCUCCAUGAUAAGUUCAAAGUGCAGUACCCUCAGAGCCAGGCCUGUAAAAUGAGCCACGUGCGAGACCUGCCCCCUGUGUCCGGCUCCAUCAUCUGGGCCAAGCAGAUCGACCGGCAGCUCACCGCCUACAUGAAGAGGGUGGAGGACGUCCUGGGGAAGGGCUGGGAGAACCACGUGGAGGGCCUCAAGCUCAAGCAGGACGGAGACAGCUUCAGAGCCAAGCUCAAUACACAGGAGAUCUUUGAUGACUGGGCUCGCAAGGUGCAGCAGCGUAACCUGGGCGUGUCCGGGCGCAUCUUCACCAUCGAGACGUCCCGUGCCCGUGGUCGAUCUGGCAACAUGCUCAAGCUCAAGGUCAACUUCCUCCCAGAGAUCAUCACUCUGUCCAAGGAAGUGCGCAACCUCAAGUGGCUGAGCUUCAGAGUGCCCCUGGCCAUCGUCAACAAAGCCCACCAGGCCAACCAGCUCUACCCCUUCGCCAUCUCCCUCAUCGAGAGCGUCAGGACAUACGAGCGCACCUGUGAGAAGGUGGAGGAGCGCGCCUCCAUCUCUCUGCUGGUGGCAGGGCUCAAGAAGGAGGUCCAGGCUCUCAUCACUGAAGGCAUCACCCUGGUUUGGGAAUCCUACAAACUGGACCCGUACGUGCAGAGGCUGGCCGAGACAGUCUUCAAUUUCCAAGAGAAGGUGGAUGACCUGCUGCUAAUUGAGGAGAAGAUUGACCUGGAGGUGCGCUCUCUGGAGACCUGCAUGUUCGACAACAAGACCUUCUCUGACAUCCUCAACCGCGUGCAGAAGGCUGUGGACGACCUCAACCUGCACUCUUACUCCAACCUGCCCAUCUGGGUCAACAAGCUGGACAUAGAAAUCGAGCGCAUCCUGGGAGUCCGUCUCCAGGCUGGUCUAAAAGCAUGGACACAGGUGCUACGAGGACAAGUGGAGGACAAGGCCGAUGUGGACAUGGACACAGAGGCUCCUCAGGUCAGCCACAAGCCCGGAGGAGAGCCCAAGAUCAAGAAUGUGAUCCAUGAGCUCAGGAUCACCAACCAAGUGAUCUACCUGAACCCACCCAUCGAAGACUGCCGCUACAAGCUCUAUCAGGAGAUGUUCACCUGGAAGAUGGUCAUCCUAUCUCUGCCUCGCAUCCAGAGCCAGAGAUAUCAGGUUGGAGUCCACUAUGAGCUCUCAGAGGAGGAGAAGUUUUAUCGGAAUGCCCUGACCCGAAUGCCUGAUGGUCCUGCUGCACUGGAGGAGGCCUACAACGCCGUGGAGGACAUUGUGGAUGAGGUGGAGAAGUAUGUGAAGGUGUGGCUGCAGUACCAGUGCCUGUGGGACAUGCAGGCUGAGAACAUCUACAACCGUCUGGGAGAAGACCUCACAAAGUGGCAGGCCCUGCUGGUCCAGAUCCGCAAAGCUCGCGGGACCUUUGACAACGCAGAGACCAGGAAGGAGUUUGGGCCGGUGGUCAUAGACUACGGCAAGGUCCAGUCUAAAGUGAACCUCAAGUACGACUCCUGGCACAAGGAGGUGCUGAGCAAGUUUGGUCAGAUGUUGGGCCAGAACAUGCAGGACUUCCACGCUCAGAUCUCCAAAUCUCGCCAAGAACUGGAGCAGCACUCUGUGGACACGGCCAGUACCUCUGAUGCAGUCAACUUCAUCACAUAUGUGCAGACCCUCAAGCGCAAGCUCAAACAAUACGAGAAGAACGUGGAUAUGUUCCGUAAUGGUCAGCGCCUCCUGGAGAAGCAAAGGUUCCAGUUCCCUCCCUCGUGGCUCUACAUCGACAACAUAGAAGGGGAAUGGGGCGCCUUCAGCGACAUUAUGAAGCGCAAAGACACCGCCAUCCAGCAGCAGGUGGCCAACCUGCAGAUGAAGAUCGUCCAGGAGGACAAAGCUGUGGAGAACCGCACCACAGACCUGCUCAAUGACUGGGAGAAGACCAAACCCGUUGCUGGAAACCUGCGUCCUGAGGAGGCUCUCCAGUCUCUGACCAUCUAUGAAGGAAACUUCAGCCGGCUGAAGGUGGAGAGGGAGAAAUGUGCCCGCGCUAAAGAGGCUUUGGAGCUCACCGACACAGGCCUUCUGAGCGGCAGUGAGGAGAGGGUGCAGGUGGCUUUGGAGGAGCUCCAUGACCUGAAGGAGGUGUGGUCAGAGCUGUCUAAGAUCUGGGAGCAGAUUGACCAGAUGAAGGAGCAGCCCUGGGUGUCUGUGCAACCUCGAAAGCUUCGUCAAAACCUUGAUGCUCUCCUGAACCAACUGAAGAACUUCCAGGCACGACUGCGACAGUACGCCUCCUACGAAUACAUCCAGAGAAUGCUUAAAGGAUACCUGAAGGUGAACAUGCUGGUGAUCGAGCUGAAGUCUGAGGCACUGAAGGAUCGGCACUGGAAGCAGCUGAUGAAGCGUCUCCACGUGAACUGGGUGCUGUCGGAGCUGACUCUGGGCCAGCUGUGGGACGUGGACCUGCAGAAGAAUGAGAUGGUGGUCAAGGAUGUUCUGUUGGUGGCACAGGGAGAGAUGGCCCUGGAGGAGUUCCUCAAGCAGAUCCGUGAGGUGUGGAACUCGUAUGAGCUGGACCUGGUGAACUACCAAAACAAGUGUCGUCUGAUCCGCGGCUGGGACGACCUCUUCAACAAGGUCAAAGAGCACAUCAACAGUGUGUCUGCCAUGAAGCUCUCGCCCUACUACAAGGUGUUUGAGGAGGAUGCCCUGAGCUGGGAGGACAAGCUGAACCGCAUCAUGGCUCUGUUCGACGUGUGGAUAGACGUGCAGAGGCGCUGGGUCUACCUGGAGGGCAUCUUCACCGGCAGUGCUGACAUCAAGCACCUGCUGCCCGUGGAGACCCAGAGGUUCCAGAGUAUCAGCACAGAGUUUCUGGCUCUGAUGAAGAAGGUGACAAAGUCUCCUUUAGUGAUGGACGUGCUGAACAUUCAGGGCGUGCAGCGAUCACUGGAGCGCCUGGCCGAUCUCCUCGGGAAGAUCCAGAAAGCCCUGGGAGAGUACCUGGAGAGAGAGAGGUCCUCCUUCCCCAGAUUCUACUUUGUGGGUGAUGAGGACCUUCUUGAGAUCAUUGGAAACAGCAAGAAUGUGGCCAAACUACAGAAGCACUUCAAGAAGAUGUUUGCUGGUGUUUCCAGCAUUCUGUUGAAUGAGGACAACACAGAGGUGCUUGGCAUCUCCUCCAGAGAGGGAGAGGAGGUCCUGUACAAGACCCCCGUCUCCAUCACAGAGCACCCCAAGAUCAACGAGUGGCUCACCCUGGUGGAGAAGGAGAUGAGGGUGACUUUGGCCAAGCUGCUGGCCGAGUCUGUCACUGAGGUCACAACCUUCAACCAGGGCACUGCUGUGGACCUGAGCCAGUACAUCAACUGGAUCGACCGCUACCAGGCCCAGCUGGUUGUCCUCUCCACACAGAUCGCCUGGUCUGAGAACAUCGAGUCUGCCUUGACCACCGUCUCUGGAGGAGGAGAUAUGACACCCAUGCAGGGUGUGCUCUCCAACGUGGAGGCCACUCUCAACGUGCUGGCCGACACUGUGCUGAUGGAGCAGCCCCCCCUGCGCAGGAGGAAACUGGAGCACCUGAUCACAGAGCUGGUGCACCAGCGCGAUGUGACCAGGACUCUGAUCAAGAACAAAAUCGACAACCCCAAGUCCUUUGAAUGGCUCAGCCAAAUGCGCUUCUACUUCGACCCCAAACAGACCGACGUGCUGCAGCAGCUGUCCAUCCAGAUGGCCAAUGCCAAGUUCAACUACGGCUUUGAGUACCUGGGCGUCCAGGACAAGCUGGUGCAGACCCCUCUGACCGACCGCUGCUAUUUGACCAUGACCCAGGCCCUGGAGGCUCGCCUGGGAGGCUCCCCCUUCGGCCCUGCUGGCACAGGAAAGACUGAGUCUGUCAAGGCUCUUGGUCACCAGCUCGGCCGCUUUGUCCUGGUCUUCAACUGCGACGAGACCUUUGACUUCCAGGCCAUGGGACGUAUCUUCGUGGGUCUUUGCCAGGUGGGUGCGUGGGGAUGCUUCGAUGAGUUCAAUCGUCUGGAGGAGAGGAUGCUGUCGGCCGUGUCUCAGCAGGUGCAGUUCAUCCAAGUGGCUCUGAGGGAACACAGCAACCCCAACCGGGACCGGAGUGUCCCAGUCACCACUGAGCUGCUCAACAAGCAGGUGAAGGUCAGCCCCGACAUGGCCAUCUUCAUCACCAUGAACCCUGGCUACGCUGGCCGCUCCAACCUCCCUGAUAACCUCAAGAAGCUCUUCAGGAGCUUGGCCAUGACCAAGCCCGACCGCCAGCUCAUCGCCCAAGUCAUGCUGUACUCUCAGGGCUUCCGCACCGCCGAAAUCCUGGCCAAGAAGAUCGUGCCCUUCUUCAAGCUGUGUGACGAGCAGCUGUCCUCCCAGAGCCACUAUGACUUCGGUCUGCGUGCCCUGAAGAGUGUGCUGAUCAGCGCAGGCAAUGUCAAACGUGAGCGCAUCCAGAGGAUCAAGAGGGAGAAGCUGGAGCGCGGAGAGGAUGUGGACGAGAACGAGAUCGCAGAGAACCUCCCUGAGCAGGAGAUCCUGAUCCAGAGCGUGUGUGAGACCAUGGUGCCAAAGCUGGUGGCAGAGGACAUCCCCCUGCUGUUCAGCCUGCUGUCCGACGUGUUCCCUGGUGUGCAGUACCACCGUGGAGAGAUGACCGCUCUGAGGGAGGAGCUGAAGAAGGUCUGCACUGAGAUGUACCUGACCUACGGAGAUGGAGAUGACGUGGGCAGCAUGUGGGUCGAGAAGGUGCUGCAGCUGUACCAGAUCACACAGAUCAAUCACGGCCUGAUGAUGGUGGGUCCCUCGGGCAGUGGGAAGACCAUGGCCUGGAGGGUGCUGCUCAAAGCCCUGGAGAGGCUGGAGGGAGUGGAGGGGGUGGCCCACAUCAUCGACCCCAAAGCCAUCAGCAAGGACCACCUGUACGGCACCCUGGACCCCAACACGCGCGAGUGGACCGACGGACUCUUCACGCACAUUCUCAGGAAGAUCAUUGACAACGUGCGCGGGGAGCUGCAGAAGAGGCAGUGGAUCAUCUUUGACGGUGACGUAGACCCCGAGUGGGUGGAGAAUCUCAACUCUGUGCUCGACGACAACAAGCUACUGACCCUGCCUAAUGGAGAGCGUCUCAGCCUGCCACCAAAUGUGCGUGUGAUGUUUGAGGUGCAGGACCUGAAGUACGCCACCCUGGCCACCGUGUCUCGCUGUGGGAUGGUGUGGUUCAGCGAGGACGUCCUCAGCACAGACAUGAUCUUUAAUCACUUCUUGGCCAGACUCCGCAGCAUCCCACUGGACGAGGGAGAGGACGAGGCCCAGAGGAACAGGAAGGGCACAGAGGACGAGGACGAAGCUGCCUCGCCCAUGCUGCAGAUCCAGCGUGACUCUGUGGGCAUCCUGCAGCCGUACUUCACCUCCACAGGGCUGGUGAUCAAAGCCCUGGAGCACGCGUCGAAGAUGGAGCACAUCAUGGACUUCACACGCCUGCGCUGCCUGGGCUCGCUGUUCUCCAUGCUGCACCAGGCCUGUCGCAACGUGGCCCUGUACAACAACAACCACCCCGACUUCCCCAUGCCCAUCGACCAGCUCGAGAGAUACAUGCAGAGAUACCUGAUCUACGCCGUGCUCUGGUCCUUCUCUGGAGAUGGGCGUCUGAAGAUGAGAGCAGAGCUGGGAGAGUACAUCCGCCGCAUCACCACCGUGCCCCUGCCCACCGCGCCCAAUGUGCCCAUCAUCGACUACGAGGUGUGCAUCUCUGGCGAGUGGCAGUCAUGGCAGGGGAAGGUUCCACAGAUCGAGGUGGAGACCCAUAAGGUGGCGUCCCCAGACGUGGUGGUGCCCACCCUGGACACAGUGCGUCAUGAGGCCCUGCUCUACACGUGGUUAGCCGAACACAAGCCCCUGGUGCUGUGUGGACCGCCUGGAUCCGGAAAGACCAUGACCCUGUUCAGCGCGCUUCGAGCUCUGCCUGACAUGGAAGUCGUGGGUCUGAACUUCUCCAGUGCCACGACUCCCGAGCUGCUCCUGAAGACCUUCGACCACUACUGCGAGUACCGCCGCACCCCCAACGGAGUGGUGCUGGCCCCCGUGCAGCUGGGCAAGUGGCUGGUGCUGUUUUGUGACGAGAUCAACUUGCCAGACAUGGACAAGUACGGCACUCAGAGGGUCAUCUCCUUCCUCAGACAGAUGGUGGAACACGGAGGCUUCUAUCGUACCUCAGACCAGACCUGGGUGAAGCUGGAGAGGAUCCAGUUUGUUGGAGCCUGUAACCCUCCCACAGACCCUGGCAGAAAGCCCCUCACACACAGGUUCCUGCGUCAUGUCCCUGUGGUGUACGUGGACUACCCCGGCCCCGCCUCGCUCACUCAGAUCUACGGCACGUUUAACCGGGCCAUGCUGCGCCUCAUCCCGUCUCUGCGGACCUACGCCGAGCCCCUCACCGCCGCCAUGGUCGAGUUCUACACCAUGUCUCAGGAGCGCUUCACCCAGGACACCCAGCCACACUACAUCUACUCCCCCAGAGAGAUGACCCGCUGGGUGAGGGGCAUCUUCGAGGCCCUCAGACCCCUGGAGACUCUGCCUGUGGAGGUCAUCCGCAUCUGGGCCCACGAAGCGCUGCGCCUCUUCCAGGACAGGCUGGUUGGAGAUGAGGAAAGGAGGUGGACAGACGAGAACAUUGACACCGUGGCCCUCAAACACUUCCCCAACAUCGACAAGGACAAGGCUCUGAACAGGCCCAUCCUCUACAGCAACUGGCUCUCCAAGGACUACGUGCCCGUGGAGCAGGAGGAGCUCAGGGACUAUGUGAAGGCUCGUCUGAAGGUCUUUUACGAGGAGGAGUUGGACGUUCCUCUGGUGCUCUUCAACGAGGUGCUGGACCAUGUGCUCAGGAUCGACAGGAUUUUCCGUCAGCCUCAGGGCCAUCUGCUGCUGAUUGGAGUGAGUGGAGCAGGAAAGACCACACUGUCUCGUUUUGUGGCCUGGAUGAAUGGGCUGAGUGUCUAUCAAAUCAAGGUGCACAGGAAGUACACAGGGGAAGACUUUGAUGAGGACCUGCGCACAGUGCUGCGGCGUUCAGGCUGUAAGAACGAGAAGAUCGCCUUCAUCAUGGAUGAGUCCAACGUGCUGGACUCAGGCUUCCUGGAGAGGAUGAACACGCUGCUGGCCAACGGAGAGGUGCCAGGUCUGUUUGAGGGCGACGAGUAUGCCACCCUCAUGACCCAGUGUAAGGAGGGAGCUCAGAAGGAGGGGCUGAUGCUGGACACUCAUGAGGAGCUUUACAAGUGGUUCACCAGUCAGGUCAUCAGGAACCUGCACGUGGUCUUCACCAUGAACCCUUCAUCUGAGGGGCUGAAGGACCGCGCCGCCACCUCCCCUGCCCUCUUCAACAGGUGUGUGUUGAACUGGUUUGGAGACUGGUCCACUGAGGCUCUGUACCAGGUGGGCAAAGAGUUCACCAGUAAAAUGGAUCUGGAGAAACCCAACUACAAAGUGCCCGACUACAUGCCCAUUGUGUACGACAAACUGCCCCAGCCCCCCUCGCACAGGGAGGCCAUCGUCAAUGGCUGCGUGUUUGUGCACCAGACUCUGCACCAGGCUAACAACCGGCUGGCUAAGCGCGGCGGACACACCAUGGCCAUCACACCGCGUCACUACCUGGACUUCAUCAACCAGUACGCCAACCUGUUCAACGAGAAGCGCAGCGAGCUGGAGGAGCAGCAGAUGCAUCUCAACGUGGGUCUGCGCAAGAUCAAGGAGACGGUGGACCAGGUGGAGGAGCUCCGGCGUGACCUGAGGAUCAAGAGCCAAGAGCUGGAGGCCAAGAACGCCGCAGCCAAUGACAAACUCAAAAAGAUGGUGAAGGACCAGCAGGAGGCAGAGAAGAAGAAGGUGAUGAGUCAGGAGAUCCAGGAGGCCGUGUACAAGCAGCAGGAGGUGAUCAAGGACAAACAGCUGAGCGUCAAACAGGACCUGGACCAAGUGGAGCCGGCCGUCAUCGAAGCCCAGAACGCCGUUAAGUCCAUCAAGAAGCAGCACUUGGUGGAGGUGCGUUCCAUGGCCAACCCCCCCGCUGCCGUGAAACUGGCCCUGGAGUCCAUCUGCCUGCUGCUGGGAGAGAGCACCACGGACUGGAAGCAGAUCAGGGGCAUCAUCAUGAGGGAGAACUUCAUCCCCACCAUCGUCAACUUCUCCGCCGACGAGAUCAGUGACUCCAUCCGUGAGAAGAUGAAGAAGAACUACCUGUCCAACCCGGGCUACAACUACGACCAGAUCAACAGAGCCUCACUCGCCUGUGGGCCUAUGGUCAAAUGGGCCAUCGCUCAGCUGAACUACGCAGACAUGCUGAAGCGCGUGGAGCCUCUGAGGAACGAGCUGCAGAAGCUGGAGGACGAUGCUAAAGACAACAAGAGCAAAGCCGAGGAAGUGGAGCACAUGAUCAGGGAGCUGGAGGCCAGCAUAGCUCGCUACAAGGAGGAGUACGCUGUGCUCAUCUCUGAAGCCCAGGCCAUCAAGGCUGACCUGGCUGCUGUGGAAGCAAAGGUGAACCGCAGCACAGCCCUGCUCAAGAGUCUGUCUGCGGAGAGGGAGCGCUGGGAGAACACCAGUGAAACCUUUAAGAACCAGAUGUCCACCAUCGCUGGAGACUGCCUGCUCUCUGCCGCCUUCAUCACCUACGCGGGAUACUUCGAGCAGCAGAUGAGACAGAACCUGUUCACCACCUGGUCUCACCACCUGCAGCAGGCAAACAUCCAGUUCCGCACGGACAUUGCCAGAACAGAGUACCUGUCUAACGCUGACGAGAGGCUGCGCUGGCAGGCCAACUCUCUGCCCGCCGACGACCUGUGCACCGAGAACGCCAUCAUGCUCAAGCGCUUCAACAGAUACCCUCUGAUCAUCGACCCGUCGGGCCAGGCCACAGAGUUCAUCAUGAACGAGUACAAAGAGCGCAAGAUCACCAGGACCAGCUUCCUGGACGACGCCUUCAGGAAGAACCUGGAGAGUGCUCUGCGUUUUGGAAACCCUCUGCUGGUGCAGGACGUGGAGAGCUACGACCCCAUCCUCAACCCCGUCCUCAACAGAGAAGUGCGCAGGACCGGAGGACGAGUGCUCAUCACCCUGGGAGACCAAGACAUCGAUCUGUCACCUUCCUUUGUCAUCUUCCUCUCCACCAGAGACCCCACUGUGGAGUUCCCCCCUGACCUGUGCUCUCGUGUCACCUUCGUCAACUUCACAGUGACGCGCAGCAGUCUGCAGAGCCAGUGUCUGAAUGAGGUGCUGAAGGCAGAGAGGCCUGAUGUGGACGAGAAGCGCUCCGACCUGCUCAAACUGCAGGGAGAGUUCCAGUUGCGUCUGCGUCAGCUGGAGAAGUCCCUGUUGCAGGCCCUGAACGAAGUGAAAGGUCGUAUCCUUGAUGACGACACCAUCAUCACCACCCUGGAGAACCUGAAGAAGGAAGCGGCCGAGGUGACCAGGAAAGUGGAGGAGACGGACAUCGUGAUGGCCGAGGUGGAGGCAGUGUCCCAGCAGUACCUGUCCCUGUCCUCCGCCUGCAGCAGCAUCUACUUCACCAUGGAGGCGCUCAACCAGAUGCACUUCCUGUACCAGUACUCUCUGCACUUCUUCCUGGACACGUACCACACAGUCCUGUACGAGAACCCCAACCUGAAGAGCGUCAGUGACCACUCCCAGAGACUGGCCACUAUCACCAAGGAUCUCUUCCAGGUGGCCUUUAACAGAGUGGCCCGGGGUAUGCUGCACCAUGACCACAUCACCUUUGCCAUGCUGCUGGCCAAGAUCAGCCUCAAGGGAAUCACCAGCGAGCCUUCGUACGACUCUGAGUUCCAGCACUUCCUGCGGGGUAAGGAAAUUGUUCUGACCGGUACAGCCCUGCCCAAAGUCAAAGGCCUGACCACAGAGCAGAGCGAAGCCAUGGUCCGCCUCAGCCGCCUGCCCGCCUUCAAGGACCUGGUGGAGAAGGUGCAGGCCGACGAUCAAAUCUUCAUGUGGCUUGAGAGCAACACUCCAGAGCUGGCAGUGCCUUACCUGUGGACAGAGGAGAAGCAGUCCACUCUCAUCGGUCAGGCGGUGCACCAGCUGCUGUUGAUCCAGGCGUUCCGUCCUGACCGGCUCCUGGCCAUGUCCCACCUGUUUGUGUCCAAGGUGCUCGGGGACACCUUCAUGAGCAUCAUCGAGCAGCCGCUGGACCUGGCCAACAUCGUGGACAGUGAGGUGAAGCCCAGCACUCCAGUCCUCAUGUGCUCCGUGCCCGGGUACGAUGCCAGCGGUCUGGUCCGAGAUCUGGCAGCAGAGCAGAACAAGCAGAUCACAUCAGUCUCCAUCGGUUCGGCUGAGGGCUUCAACAAGGCCGACCGGGACAUCAACACCGCGGUCAAAUCGGGCAGGUGGGUGAUGCUGGAGAACGUGCACCUGGCUCCGGGCUGGCUCAUGCAGCUGGAGAAGAAGCUCCACUCCAUGCAGCCCCACGCCAGCUUCAGACUCUUCCUCACCAUGGAGAUCAACCCCAAGGUGCCCGUGAACCUGCUCCGUGCCGGCCGCAUCUUUGUGUUUGAGCCUCCUCCUGGCGUCAAGGCCAACAUGCUGCGCACCUUCUGCAGUAUCCCUGUGGCCCGCAUGUGCAAGGCUCCAAACGAGCGCGCCCGCCUGUACUUCCUGUUGGCCUGGUUCCACGCUGUGAUCCAGGAGAGGCUGAGGUACGCUCCUCUGGGCUGGUCCAAGAAGUACGAGUUUGGAGAGUCAGACCUGCGCUCUGCCUGUGACACUGUGGACACGUGGCUGGACGACACCGCCAAGGGCCGUCAGAACAUCGCUCCAGAUAAGAUCCCAUGGGCAGCUCUGAAGACCCUCAUGGCCCAGUCCAUCUAUGGAGGACGCAUUGACAAUGAGUUUGACCAGCGCCUGCUCAACACCUUCCUGGACCGGAUCUUCACCAAGGGCAGCUUCGACAGCGACUUCAAACUGGCCCUCAAGGUGGACGGACACAAGGACAUCAAGAUGCCCGACGGCAUUCGGCGUGAGGAGUUCAUGCACUGGGUGGAGAUGCUGCCGGACACUCAGACUCCAUCUUGGCUCGGUCUGCCCAGUAAUGCCGAGAAGGUCCUGCUCACCACUCAGGGCACGGACAUGAUGGGUAAGAUGCUGAAAAUGCAGAUGCUGGAGGAUGAGGAUGACCUGGCGUACGAGACCGAGAAGAAGCAGCGCACCGCCUCUUCGUCAGACGCUCAGCCCGCUUGGAUGAGGACGCUGCACUCCACCGCCGCCAACUGGCUCCAGCUCAUGCCCCAAACGGUCAACCCACUCAAGCGCACCGUCGAGAACAUCAAGGAUCCUCUCUUCCGCUUCUUCGAGCGCGAGGUGAAGAUGGGAGGGAAGAUGCUGCAGGAGAUCCGCCAGGACCUGUCUGACGUGGUGCAGGUGUGUGAAGGCAAGAAGAAGCAGACCAACUAUCUGAGGACACUCAUCAGUGACUUGGUCAAAGGUAUCCUCCCUCGCAGCUGGUGCCGCUACACUGUCCCUGUGUCCAUGACUGUGAUCCAGUGGGUGGCCGACUUCAGUGAGAGGAUCAAGCAGCUGCAGCAGAUCUCACAGGGAGCGGCCAGCGGGGGCGCUAAAGAGCUCAAGAACAUCCACGUGUGCCUGGGGAGCCUGUUCGUCCCUGAGGCGUACAUCACAGCCACUCGUCAGUAUGUGGCUCAGGCCAACAGCUGGUCUCUGGAGGAGCUGGACCUGGAGGUGAACGUGACCACAGCUCAGGGUGCAACGCUGGACGCAUGCAGCUUCGGGAUCAAAGGUCUGAAGCUGCAGGGGGCGACGUGUGCCAACAACAAGCUGUCCCUGUCCACGUCCAUCUCCACAGAGCUGCCCCUCACCCAACUGCGCUGGGUCAAACAGGGCACCACGGAGAAGAGGCAUCAGGUGACCCUGCCCGUGUACCUGAACUUCACUCGCGCCGACCUGAUCUUCACCGUGGACUUCGACAUCGCCACCAAAGAAGAUCCACACAGCUUCUACGAGCGCGGAGUGGCUAUUCUGUGCACCGAGUAGAGCAGGAACAGCUCCAAACUCAUGUCUAUCACUUACACACUUAGUAGUAGUAGUAGUAGUAGUAGUAUUCAUGUUGUCAGAAAUAUUAAACUUUAGGAAUCAUAACUAUAGGGAUCAGUCAAGUAGAAGGAAGGAUUUGGAAGUGACUCGAGGGUGAACAGAAGGUGGUGCAGUUGGCUUAUGGAGAGUUCAGACGCUAAAGAAAUGUUGAGAUGAUGAUUUUAAAUGAAAGAACCUGUAUGAUUUUAGAAAGAUUCAACCCAAUUGGAAUAAAGUACAUUAAAAUAAA